CAAUUCACAUUUUAUUAAAAUAAUCAGUAUAAUAAUCAAUCAAAUCAAUCUUAUAAAAAAGCCUUCCAGAAUUCCAAUUUAUUUCAAAAUUUCUUUUCUUUUUUUGGCAAACAUUGGUAACAAGAGCCAAAACCUAAUCCCGGUCACCUGUGAAUUGACGAUUAUACCCUCAAGGUACAACCCGUUGUAGAGAGAGAAAAGGAGACAAGGGCAAAUAAGUAAUUUCAAGACAGAAGAGACAAAAGGGCUGCAAUAUUAUAGGAGUCCUAUAUACAAGGCAGAAGAAUCAAAUCCCACAAAAACACACACACUCCGCGGAAAAACACACACACACACACGCACUCGAAGGUUUUUUUUUCUUCCUCUCAUCGUCUUCUUCAGAAGUUCGCCGAUUGCAAGUGAAACAAGAUGGACCAUGAUAAAUCCGAAAUGCUGCCUCCACCACCGCCUGCCAUACCGCCGAAUGUUGUACCGCAGAAGGUGGUUCCGGUUAUUAAGCGCCUUCCGAUGGUGAGGUCGGGAUUCGGUUCGAAAGGGCAGCCCAUCCCCCUUUUGACGAAUCACUUCAAAGUUGCUGUUUCUAAGACCGAUGGGCACUUUUAUCACUACAGUGUUGCUAUCAAGUACGAUGACGACACCCCUGUUGAGGCGAAAGGGUCUGGAAGAAAAAUACUCGAGAAGGUGUACGACACGUAUGCUGCUGAGCUGGAUCGUAAGAGAUUCGCGUACGAUGGAGAAAAGACCCUCUUCACAGUCGGCCCACUGCCUCGAAACAAGUUUGAGUUCACGGUGAUCUUGGAAGAUGGCCAAUCGAAUAGGAGCGCUGGGAAUGGGAGCCCUGGAGCAGAUGAGAGUGGCCCGAAAAGAUCGAAGAGGCAGCCCCGUUCGAAGACGUACAAAGUGGCCAUAAAUUUCGCUGCGAAAAUUCCGAUGCAAGCCAUUGCAGAUGCCCUAAGAGGACACGAUUCUGAGCAUUUUCAGGACGCUGUGAGAGUGCUCGAUAUCAUGUUGAGGCAGCACGCUUCUCAACAAGGCUGCCUUCUAGUACGACAGUCCUUUUUCCAUAACGAGCCAAGAAAUUUCGUGGACUUGGGGGGCGGUGUUGUUGGUUGUCGGGGUUUUCAUUCGAGCUUUAGGGCAACACAAGGAGGGCUUUCGUUGAAUAUGGAUGUUUCGACAACUAUGAUUGUCAAGCCAGGGCCUGUGCUGGACUUUCUCCUGGCUAAUCAACGAGUCGACAAUCCUGGUCAGAUUGAUUGGAGCAAGGCGAAAAGGACGUUGAAGAAUCUUAGGAUCAGGGCCACUAAUUCGAACUUGGAGUACAAGAUCAGUGGACUGAGCGACUCGAUAUGCAGGAAGCAAACGUUUCCUCUAAAACAGAGAAAAGAAGGUGCAAACGAAGGAGACGAAGUACAAAUCACAGUCUACGACUACUUCGUGAACCACCGAGAUAUCAAACUGAGAUACUCUGGGGAUUUUCCAUGUAUCAAUGCAGGCAAACCAAAGCGCCCCACUUAUAUCCCCAUUGAGCUAUGUGAAUUAGUUUCUUUGCAACGAUAUACCAAAUCGUUGUCGAACCUGCAACGAGCUUCGCUUGUGGAAAAAUCUAGACAGAAGCCAAUGGAGAGAAUGAGCUCCUUGAAGCAAGCUUUGGCUACUAGCAAUUAUGGGGCUGACCCUCUUAUAGUAGCUUCUGGAGUUUCGAUCUCCACUGAGUUCACAAAGAUCCAAGGCCGCGUUCUGCCAGCCCCAAAGUUGAUGGUCGGUAAAGGGGAAGACCUUUGGCCACGUAAUGGAAGGUGGAACUUCAACAGCAAGAGAUUGAUUGAACCAGUAAAGCUCGAUAGAUGGGCAGUUGUGAACUUCUCUGCUAGGUGUAAUGUGAAAAUGCUGAGCGAAAGCAUCGUCAAAUGUGGGGGAAUGAAAGGAAUGACUAUUAGCCCACCCUUCGAUUGCUUCGAAGAGAGCCCAAAUAACAGGCGUAGCCCUGCUGUGGUAAGAGUGGAGCAAAUGAUGGAGUUGAUAAAGUCGAGGCUACCGGGCCCGCCUCAGCUUCUUCUUUGCAUAUUGCCGGAGAAGAAAAACUGCGAUCUCUAUGGUCCAUGGAAGAAGAAGAAUCUUUCUGACAUGGGGAUAGUCACUCAAUGCAUGGCACCGACGAAACCUGUCAAUGAUCAGUACACCACCAAUCUGCUCCUAAAGAUCAAUGCCAAGCUUGGCGGCAUUAAUUCACUUUUGGGUAUCGAAAAAUCGCCCUCGAUUCCCCUGGUUUCCACAGUGCCCACCCUUAUUGUCGGGAUGGACGUUUCACAUGGUUCGCCUGGUCGAUCAGAUGUUCCAUCUAUUGCUGCUGUGGUAAGUUCAAGGCAGUGGCCUUUGAUAUCUAAGUACAGGGCUGCAGUUCGAACCCAGUCACCAAAACUAGAAAUGAUCGAUUCGUUGUUCAAGAAAGUGGAUGAUGUGGAUCAGGGCAUUUUCAGGGAGUUAUUGCAGGACUUCUUCAUAAGUUCCGGCAAAAGAAAACCCGAGCAGAUUAUCAUCUUUAGGGAUGGAGUGAGCGAGUCGCAGUUCAAUCAAGUAUUGAAUAUAGAGCUGGAACAAAUCAUCGAGGCAUGCAAAUUUCUCGACGAAACUUGGUCUCCCAAAUUCAUGGUUGUGGUGGCACAAAAGAACCAUCACACGAAAUUUUUCCAAGCAAACGGACCCGAUAAUGUUCCACCAGGCACUGUAAUUGACAAUGGAAUUUGCCAUCCAAGAACAAACGACUUCUACAUGUGUGCUCACGCUGGAAUGAUUGGCACAACUAGGCCAACACACUACCAUGUGCUAUUUGACGAGCUCGGCUUCUCUGCCGAUGCUUUACAAGAACUUGUGCACUCAUUAUCCUAUGUGUACCAGAGAAGUACUACAGCCAUCUCUGUCGUUGCUCCGAUCUGCUACGCCCACUUGGCCGCUGCACAAAUGUCUCAAUUCAUAAAGUUCGACGAAAUAUCCGACAAGUCAUCGAGCCACAGUGGCACAGCGGGGCCCGGUGGAUUAUCAGUGGCCCCACUUCCGCUGCUCCACCAUAAGGUCUCGAGUUCCAUGUUCUUCUGCUGAGGGCAUUUUAGUAAAAACUGUCCCUUCUUUUUGUUCCAUCUCGAAAACAUGACAAUUGUUGGUGGUUUUUUUGGUUUGUUCCUCUGCUAAUUCUGACUAAUAUUAAUCUUUAGGGAAGAGAGAAAAAAAAAAAACUUGGUUAAUUUUGAGGUUUUGGUAAUUACCCAACACUUGGAUAUGACUGGUGUAUGUAACCAGUGUUUGUUUAUGAAUGUCUGAAUAUCUUUAUGACUUCAGUUAUAUUGCAUUAGCUGUGUUUU